AUGGAAAAUUCUAUGGCAUAUUGUCUGUUGAUGGAAAACGGGAGAAAACUAAGAUCGCUAACUCAGGCAGUACUCCAGUGUGAAAUGAAUCUUUCUCCUUUGCGUAGGGAUAAGCGCAUCGGCGGAAUCUCUGAAUCAAUCGCAACUUUGUGUCCAUCGAUCCUCGACGGCAGGAGCCACAGCAUAACCAAGACGAUCUUAGAGGGAACCUCUGCCCAUGUCGGUUUUCGUCUUGCAGUUAAAGUUGACAAUCCACCAGAACCAGCCAAUCUCCUUAGCAGUGCUAAGGCUGCUUUAUCUAACAUGAAAUCACCCGCAAGCCCUAUCGCCUUGGCAAUCGGAGCUUCAACAUCCGCUCUCGAACCUGUGAAGGACUUUGUCGAUAAUUGGACGGCCCUCUUAAGCCAAGUCCAAACUUUUUGUGAAUUGAUGGAUGGUAUCGCUGAGGUGCAUCCGUACGCAAAAAUGGCCUGGAGCGUUAUAUCUAUACCACAGAAGGUUUUUCAUCUCGACCUCGACGAUGUGUCUCGCGAUGCUGACCAAAUUUCGUGCUCAUGA